AUGGCAUCUGGCACCAGCACUGCUGCGCCCCUGCUGCCAGUGGCUCAUGCACACCCUGCUGGUUUUCCACCGAUGCCCACUAACUCAGGCCUCAACACGCCCAUGUUGCAGCACAGUGGGAUGCCGGAUCCCAAGAACAUGACAACUGGUAGCCAGGGCGUUGGGCAGACGAUGGGAGGAGGCUUCAAUGGCUUGGUGCCUGAUCAGCGGGCAGGAACGCACCCGUAUGGCAUCGAUUCUCUCCUGCAUAUGCAGUACUGGCACCACCAGCAACAGCAGAAGCAACAGCAUCAUCAGCAUCCCCAGCACCAGCCACAGCAGCAACACCAGCAGCAGCAGCAGCAGCAGCAACAUGCACAGCAACAGCAGCAGCAGCAGCAUGCACCACAGCAGGCUCACCAUGUUGUUGGGCAGCUCCACCAGUACCCACAGCAGUCACAGCAGCAGCAUCAACAGCAGCAUCAGCCCCAGCAGCAGCAACAGCAGCCCCAGCAAUCACAACACCACCACCAGCAGCAGCAGCACCUAAGAGCUAUGGGUGCAAUGAUGAUGGGAGGCAUGAGCGGCACAUCUCCACCAGGUCCCAUGCCCCAUGCAAUUGGGAUGGGGGGAGUGAACAGUGCGACUGUGACCAGCCCACACAGUGGGGAACAAGCAAACCCCUACGCCAGGUUUGGGCUGGCCAGUCAUUUUGACCCCAGGAGGUACAGAUAG